AAAGCGGGAACGGAAACGUAGAAAGAAACAACGUUCUAAAAGUUUACAACGGCGUCUUUCAAAGUUGUUCAGGAGACGUUCAGGUAACAAACUUGCAAAUACAGUAAAGGUGUUUAGGUUAGAUUCACAAAUUAUAUUAUCGCAGAGGCUAACUGGUGGAACUGCCGAAUAUCCUCACAGAAAAAGAUAGUAAACAGAGCUGACGAUAGUCUUAUGGGGUAGACAAGAGGGCAUGAAAGACGCUUCCUCAUGAUUGAAGAGAAUAAAAUGAAACCAAAACGCCAUCAGAAGCAUUCGGGACCAAACUUGCAAGGAAAAAGUGUAAAUACGGGUGAAAAAGCAACUGCGAGCCAGAUAAAGCAAAGAUCACUUUUGUCAUCUCUAGUCAGACCUUUUGCUGGGAAAGUAUUUUAUUUGGACUUGCCUUCAAAUAAAUCAGCUGAGACGCUGGAGAGUGACAUCAAAGAGCUGGGAGGGACUGUUGAGAAGUUCUUCAGUAAGGAAAUUAGGUAUCUGGUUUCAAACAAGCGGGAGGCGAAGUAUGUGCAUCGCCUCAGACAGGACUCUCCUGUCCCCAGCCCAGAUUCUGGACAAAGUUCACCACGUCCUUGCUCAAACUCGCACUCUGCUGGUAACCAUGUGGACAACAGGAAACACAAGUCCCAGGGCCAAGCAGAUGCAUUUGUCACAAGCCGAGGAAAGUCAUUGGUGGAAAGAGUAGUGAAAGAGCAGGGGAGGAUACAAGUGGACAGAAUCCUGUCAAAUGCGCUGGAAUGGGGUGUUAAAAUUCUCUACAUAGAUGAUGUAAUAGCAUAUGUUCAAAAGAAAAAGAUUUCCAGCAGCAAGGUUUCAACGACUGCUGCUGCCAAAACAAAGGUGAAAACUGAUUCUGCAGCAAAACAAGGUUUUCAGAAAAGCAAAGGAGGGCGGAUCAGCAAACCGUUCGUCAAGGUUGAGGAUUCAAGCCGGCAUUACCGUCCACUUUACCUCACAAUGCCAAACAUGCCUGAGUUCAACCUGAGUACCAUUGCUCCUUGUAGUCCAUUCUAUCUUGAGGACAAAGGUCAUCCUGGAGCUAAACAACUGGGACAUAGAGGUGCAAAAGCUUCAGCCAGUGAGGAGAAAGCUCAGGGUCGAAAGAAGAACAGAGACAAGAAACGAGGCGGUUACUGCGAAUGCUGCAUGAUCAAGUAUGACAAACUCACAAUGCAUCUGCAGAGUGAACGUCACAAGGCUUUCUCUAAGACUGGUGAAUACGAUGUGGUGGACAGACUGAUUUCAACCCUGCACUGUAAUUUCAUCACCAUCAAUACUGAAGUCAAUAGACCAAAAUGCAGUGUUUCCUCUGUUCUUGUUGCUCCUGGACCAUGUAAGAAAACUGACCCAAGCUGCACAGGGAAGCUUGAUUGCUCACAGACUGUUCAAGUAGAGGAUCACAAGACUGCUACAGAUGGAUCUGAGGGAUCAUAUUUAGGACAAAAAAUAAAAAUUGGAUCAAUUUUCAAUACUGAUCCACUGAUUCAAGUAAAGGGAGACUGGAGGAACUGUUUUACUUACUUGGAUAGAUUUAAGCAUAAGCCUCGUGUUUGUAAACAAACACACAAGCAAAAUUUUUUGACUUCUUCCACACAAAAUGCUGAGCAUGCUCAGCUUCAUCGGUUGAAGUCAGAAACGGCACCUUCCCGAGGUGAAUUUCUGCCCACAUUUCCCCCCAAAGGCACCCAGCUCAAACUGGUACGCCAGGUGGCUUUUCAAGACACAAACUGCUCAACCUCUUACAGCACAAACAUACAGAGUGAAGAAUCUGCAAAAAACAUCAGUUGUACAACACAUUUACAUGAAGGGAGCAGUAAGAGUGCAUUACUGUUUGAUGCUGUCCAAGAGAGAAAUGCAUUUUCUGAGAAGCUGCCUGAAAAAGAAGAAGCAAGUCUUCCUUCACAAAGCUUCUCUCCAGACAGGAAAAUCUGGAGGAAAAUCAGAGUUUAUAAGCACAAAAGACGGAAAGUAGACAGAAACAUGGAGCAUGUAAAGCAAAGUGUCCCAGACGCCACACUGAAACUGUGGGAACUUUUCCAGUCCAGCGACGACAUGGAUGCUGAGUUUCAUGGAUUUGCAGACUGAGAGAGAACACAUGAGCUAAAUGGAUAAACUGGACUUUCUGAACCAUUAUGCAGAGUUAUUAUUUAUAAAUGUGUAUGUGUGUGUGUGUGUGUGUGUGUGUGUGUGUGUGAUAUAUUUAACUCAUUCAAACCCAAAGCACACUUUAAUAAUGAAAUGAGAACCUAAGCAGUGUUUUCAGAACAGCCUCCUAAAAGCCAAUAGUUCCUGCAAAGUAAGAUGAAAUUGCCUUUGGUUUUUUAAACGUUAUUUCCCAGCUUCUAAAAUGAUUAAAAUAAUAUUCUAAAUUUUUAAUUUUGCUGUUACAUUUAUCAACGCUGACAAUCUGUAAAUAUGUUGAAAAGUAUGAUCUGCACAUGUGUGAAAGCACUCAAACCUUACUAGCUUUGAAAGUUGGACAUGCACAUACAGUUUUAGGUCUGAAUGGGUUAAAUAAGUGAAAAGACAUCUUUUGUUUGAUUGAAAGCACGUCUGAUGAAUGGCAAAUGCUUUUGUGAUUUAACAAUUUCUUCAUAACAGUAUAAAAUGAAAAUUUAAGAUGCUACAUAUUGCAUGUCAACAGUGGAAAUUAAAUCUAUGUUGACAUGGACAUUUUGUACACUGUGCACAUAUAUGUUGAUUCGAUAUUUUGAUUUUAACUGAACUUUAUAUUAAAGUGGACUAGAAAUUGAACAAUUUCUUUGAAAGGGAACACUUCCCCAACAGUGAAAUCUGAUUCAUGUGAACUUGAAUUUUUAUUUUUUCAAUCUGAAGGCAUAAAGAUCCAUCUGCAGCUUAUCUAGUCAUCUUUUAUCUUCUCCUUUCUGCUUGACUUACGUUGAAUAAAGGAUAUUAACUAGAUCUA